UCAUGCUGGUACUGGUCCAGGGUAGCGUGGACAUACGGAAAACAGGCUGGCUAGACCGAUUGGUGGAAUAUCAUAGACAUAACUUUAUCCAAGAUUUACAGAAAAUUCCAGAUGUCCAGCUAAAGGCCAAAGUCACCAACGCCCCACCUGGCUACUUAGAUUCUGAGGAUUGGGAUUAUUCAUCCGUUCUGCGUCUGCUAUCGCUCAUCAGACAAAGCGAAGGGCUGGGUCCCGUGAGACGUGUGUUACGACAUGCUUUGCAGGCUACACGACGAAUGAGCAUUAAGGAGAGUUUGAAGUUGUUUCCCAGUUUGCACAAGGAAAUACCAAACGAUUUGUAUUACGACAUUGAAGAAACAGUAGAAUAUUACGAUGUGAAAACACCAAAAUAUAACGAAAAUAAAACAUUGGAAAAUGCAAUAAUUGUUGUAAGCAAUCCAGUGGAAGCCAGGUUGCCAAGCGCUAUGAUAAGUGUUAAUUUACUCAAAGAAAUCCUAGAAAACCGAGCAAAAGCAGCAAGAUACAUGCCUAAAACAAAAAUGACAUUCAUAUGGAAAGCGAAAAACAAUACAAGGCUAUCUUCUAGCGCACCUCAGGAAGCCACUACUCUGGGAGAAAGCGUGACCGAGAUCCCUGGAUCGAGCAAUUCGUCUGUUGAUAACACUAUAGCAACACCAGAGUAG